UCAAUCAGUUAGAAUUUAGAGUUUGUUGGAUGAAUACAUCUCGGCCGGUAGCACUUAUACUAAGUGUGUUUUAAUUAUUAUCAUGUCUACAAAGCCUGGAAACUUCAAAAAUCCAUUCCAAAGACCAUGGAUGACAGAAACAGGUGCAGCGGCUGCGGCAGGGGGCUCAGGAUCGGUUGGUUUGAAAGGAGUUGUGGCUGGCGGUAUCACUGGAGGCAUUGAAAUUUGUAUCACAUUCCCUACCGAAUAUGUAAAAACACAACUGCAAUUGGACGAGAAAGGUGGCACUAAGAAAUACACGGGCAUUUUCGACUGCGUUAAGAAAACGGUGAAAGGCCAUGGAUUCUUCGGGUUAUAUAGAGGUCUCAGUGUAUUAUUAUAUGGAUCAAUACCUAAAUCAGCUGUCAGAUUCGGAGUAUUCGAACAAGCGAAAUUAUAUAUGGUGACAGAGAAUGGUACACUAACGAACACAGGGAAACUGGCGUGCGGAUUGGCCGCUGGUGUGGCCGAGGCAGUCUUCGCCGUGACCCCCAUGGAGACGGUCAAAGUCAAGUUCAUUAACGAUAUGAGAACAGAGAAUCCGAGGUUCAAAGGUUUCUUCCACGGUGUAGGGACUAUCGUUAGGGAAGAAGGUUUAGGCGGUGUGUACAAGGGUGUUACGGCAACAAUAAUGAAGCAAGGCAGCAACCAAGCGAUCAGAUUCUUCGUGAUGGAGUCUCUGCGCGACUGGUAUAAGGGAGGGGAUAAGGACAAGCCUGUGCCUAAAUAUAUUGUAGGGCUGUUCGGCGGUGUUGCAGGUGCCGCAUCAGUGUUCGGUAACACACCGAUAGAUGUAGUCAAGACCCGAAUGCAAGGGCUCGAAGCUGCCAGGUACAAAAACACACUAGACUGCUUUAUCAAGACUUGGAAACAAGAGGGACCAUUAGCCUUCUACAAAGGUACCGUGCCGCGACUCAGUAGGGUAGUAUUCGAUGUAGCAAUCACAUUCACUAUCUACGACAGUAUCAUGGACGUAUUCAACUAUCUGUGGAAGUAGUCAAAGACAAACCCUAAAGUUUUCUAAUCAUAGACAAUAGUCUUGUAUACAAUAUAGCUGUACAAAUUAUAUGCUUGAGCCGCGCUUGAGUUUAGACGUUAAGUAGAACGAAUAUAAGUGUUUUGUAACAUCGAAAGAGUAUAUUUCUAUAGGACACCUUACAUUCGUAAGUGUAGUUGUUUUUGUAUUGUUAAGAAUGUAUUUAUUUUCAUAUUUUCUUUUACUAUUUUACUCAUAUUGUGAAGUACGACGCAUUGUGGUGAUAGUAUUUUGUACAGUUUAUUUUUAUGUUUUUAAACAUGUUUAACGUAAAAUGACGAGAAUUCGUAAAACAAAAAGCUACUAUUUCGUUGUUUAAUUGCAUAGAUUUUUUUAUAGGUGUUGUAUUUUAACUUAGUUGACUGUACGAAGUACUUUCUAUUAUGUUUUGCUAUUCUUCAAAAGAAUUCUUGACAUAUAAUAUUUGUAUGCUAUCAUGGUUUGUUUUAGAAUGAGGUCAAAACUGAAACCAGACUUUAUUUAUUUUUAAUGAUUUUAUGGCCUCUCGUACCGAUAUAACUUGUCUAUUACAGAUUUCUAUAGGCCAUUUGUAACCAUUUACCAUCAUAUGGGCUGUGGGCUUGUUACCCGCCUAAAAACUCUCAUAUUGGUAUGGAAGUCAUAAAAUAUUUUACAAAGGAAAAAUGUUUAAUGGGCUUGGAUAACAGUCCCAGAAAAUAAGCUAAUAAUUGUCAUUGUAUUUUUAUCUAUGAUACGCUUUCGCGGUUAAAACCAAGAGCUGUCAUUCUUUUUUUCUUUUUUAAUAAAAAAAAAAAACGACUGAGUAUCGGCUAUAGUGACCAAGUAAGUAUGGUGACAAUUAGGUUAUAACAGCAGAUAAACAAUUAUUUAUGUAUAAUUAUCACUUAAUUACAAAUUUUACAAGAAUGUAUAUGUUGAAAACAUCGAAAUCUUUUUAUAUCCAUUUUCUUCUUUUAUUAUAUUAUAUUGAUAUUAUUUUUACUGAAAGUUUACAUUUUAAAAUGUAUACACAUCGGCAAAUUGAUGAAUGCAGUGUACUAACUACAAUAUAUUACUUUCCAACGUAGACUCGUACCUCGAGUUUUUUUAUGACUUUUACAAAUAACUUAUUUUUUUUUUAUACACCACUUUUAUCGAUCCCAAUAAAGAUCUCUUAAGUUUAAAAAACAAUAUAUGAGUCUUGUUAUGCAUUUUGUAAAGAUCUUGAGAGAUCUUAACGGACAUUCCACGGUGGACAUUUUGGUUUCCUUCAAAUAUACUGUUUAGUUAUUACAAUGUAUUUACGUACUCCAUUUUUAUUUUUUGUGUUGAAUGUUGAUAUUGUAUUUAUUUAUUGUUUUUGAUUGAAUAAAACGGUCAAAUUAUGGUAAA